AUGACUCUACGUCUCAGCAUCGAUGAAACUGACCCCGCCUUGAAAAAGUCGGUCAGUCGCUACUCAGACUGGAAGGCCUUCCUCGUGCUGCGUCGCUGUCUGGAGCCCGACGGUGAUCUGUCUAUCGAGCAGGCUACAGUUCUAAUCCACGAGAUGAUGCCAACAGCGGCUGAGGGCCGCAGGGUGGCACCGGGACUAUUUGGUGCCCUGUGUCUGGAUGUGGCCGAUAAAGUGUCGUAUUCACACCCAGCGCAGAGUCGCCUUGUCGAACUCCUCGAUUACCUACAAGCAUCCGACAGGAUGAACGAGAGGCAAUUUUGCGACUUCGGCGAUUGCAAGGGCUAUUCAAUCUAUUACAGCAUGGAGGAUCUGAAAAUGGAGAUUAGGGAGCGAUACUCAAAUAGGCUCUUCCUUUCCAUGAAUACUCCUUGGGACCACUUCGAGCCCGGUACUCCCGAAGAGCAAGAGUAUGUGAAUAUCAGCGCCUUCAUCGCGCGCCUUACGGCCGCGGGUCUGGUGGAUGCAAUGUCAUGGGCUGUCUGGACGAUGAAAGAGAAUCUAGAAGAUGUAGUCACCGGAAAUCGCUACAGCGGUUGUGUGUCUGCUGCGGCGAUGUGGAUCCUGUGUGCCGGUCAGUGGCUAUUCAUACAGAUAGUCCAGGCUCCAGAAGAGGAUGAUGAGUCUCCCCGACCGUGAAGGACUGGCUCCCAAUUUACAGGCCGUAUAUUUGGAAUGGAGAGAUGGAACUUCUGGCAGAAGUCGUUCGAGGCCGCAGCGGAACGCGAUACUGCCAGUGCUGAGUGUAAGAUGUUGGCGACCAAGGCGAAGGACUUUAUGCCUGCGAUUGCCAAAGCCAUGAUUUGGUAGAUCUCAGAUUGUGCCUGGCUUAUCUAAGAAGUUGGCCACGCUUUCUGACUGUCGCGGGGGAGGGGGGGUGGCUGAUGGUUCUAUCCCACGCAGAGCAGCGCCUCGUGGCACACAGCAGCUCCCCGUGAUAUUCAAUGUGGCUUCUUGCAUAUGUAUCUAUCUAUAUUUAGCACCGAGAACUACUCAUGCUGUUAUUUGCC